AUGACCAGUCACAAAAAUAAAGAAAAAAACAAAGUGGGAGAUGUGGACAAUGAUAAGGAGAUAUCAAAUUCUUUCGAUUGUUCUUGUCGUUCAAAUGUGAAUAUUCGUUCACCUACCUGUGUUAAUUUGACACCACUUGUGUUGUCAAUAAAUACAACACAUUCAAUUUCUGUUAACAGAAAUACUUGUUAUACAUUUAAUCAUUAUCAAAUAUCGUUUACAUUUCAAAAUAAUUAUAUAAAGGCUCAAGUCUUCAAUAACAAACGAAUAUGUACCAGUAUUAAAUAUGAGAAUAAUUCUUUAACGUCGCUCAAUUUAUUCAUAACUAAUAAGAGUUUAUCAUCAUCUACUGUAGAAAGUAUUAUACAUUUAAAUAAUGAAUCAAUUAUUCUUUUACACAAUAAUUUUAUUCAAUGUUAUGAACAAAAACAAAAAACAAUCAAUAAUAAAUGUCGUCGAUUUAAACGAAAUAAUUUUCAAAAUCAAAAAUCAAGUUCAACUAUUGUUACAUUUAACAGUACAUCAUUCAUUGAAUAUCGUCAAAAAAAUUUACAAACAAUUAAAUAUCCAUUAAAAUUGUCAUUACGUUUUCGAACAAUAGGUCGAAUUUCAAAUGGUGUACUACUAUCAUUAACAAAUCGAAAAAAUUUAUUACCAUCAAAUAUUCAUCAAGUGAAUAAUAAUAAAUUAACAAUAUCAGAAAUGAAGUCACGUUUAGAUAUUCCAACACCUUAUAUUGUUAUUGAACAUUCAACAUCAAGAAUUGAAGUAACAAUAUUAAAAUUUGAUAAUAUAUUAAAAACUGUUAAGGUAAGUAGUAUUAAACAUAUACAUUUACAAUUAAUGUCAAAACAUUGAUCUUAUUGAAGAAAUAUAAUAAGAUAAUUGGUUAGAUCUUUUUUCUUUAUUUUUUAUUCACUAAUCUAUAUCAAUAUGGUCUAACUCUAUUCAUCAUAUCAUCAUUAGUACGAUACACUUUUCUUGUCAUAUUUAUCUUCAAUUGAUAAUAGACCAUAAAAACAUUACAGUCAUCUCAAAUUAGUCAUUUUCUGUUUAAAGAUAAUCGAGUAUUCUACAAUGAAUCUUUGCGUUAAAUAUCGUCCUUGUGUAGUGAAGUAUUCUUUAAAUAAAAUAAUUUGAUAAAUAAAUGUUUAUGAAAUUUAGAUAUUUUAUCGAGAAAAUGUAAAUUUCUUUUUAAAAUAGAUAGUGAAUAGGGAACCCAUUUAUUUUUGUAGAAUUCACAUGUUAUAAGCUCAAUUGGUAUUAGAAAUUUUCAGUUAAUAAAAUGGUACAAAAAUCUAUUCGUCAAAUCACAGUAUAGAAUAAGACAAACAUUGCAAUGUUAUUAUUUGAUUUUAUCCUUUAUAUAAAUAAAGAUUAUUAGUUUGUUCAGCUAGUUUCACAAAUGGCUAUCAGAACAAAGGAGAGAAGUAAAUCUGGAUUUGUUUCGAUACUUUGUAUAUAUGCCAUUGCAAUCUAGACUAACAAAUAUUGUAUAAUUUUGUUAUCGAUCUCAAUUUCUUCUUCUCCAUGGUCGCUCUAUUCUUUUUUUUUUUUUUUUGUCAUAGUUAAUCUAUUUUCUCAUUAAUUUUAAACAAGCCUUUCGAAAAAAAAAAAAAAAAAAGUUUUGCGUUUUUCACGCACCAUCUAGCAUGAUAGUGAGAAAAGAUGAACGGACGAAAAGAAAUGCAAUUUUGAACAUAUAUAUUUUUUUAUCGUUAUUUCUUGUUCAUCUUUUUUUCUCUCUAUUUAUUUAUUCAUUAUUAUUCUAAGUUCGAUUUUUCUCUCCCUCUUUCUCUUUUUCUCUUUAUCGAAAGUAAAUUUAAUUUUCAUUAGAUAAGCACAGUUUAAACAACAGCAAUAGCGACAACAAAAAUAAAAAAGACAAUUUUUAAUGACGUUAUGGUUUUGUUUCUUUUUAUGAAUGAUUCGGAGAAGAGAUGAGAAGUGCGAAAUAUUAUUUUUCUUCUUUUCCCCAAGGUCUUUUUACAUGAUCUAUACAUAAGAAAAUCAAGUCACACAUAUUAAUUAGGAUAGAAAGAGAAAAAUAAACUAAGAGAAAAUACUAAAAUAUAAAUUUAAUUUGAUCAUAAUCGUUCAUGACAUGACGAACGAUAUCCAUUUUGUUAAACAAUUAAAUUUAAAAAAUAAAAUAAGAUUUUUUCAGCUAUCGUAUACAUAUAUAGAGAGAUCGAAAUAAAAUAUAUAUAUUAGAUAUAAACAUGUUUUGAUAACAACAAGACAUAUCGAUUCUAAACACUAACGGGUGUUCCAGAAUAAAUCGGUCACUUAGUAUUUUCUUCAUAUCUUAAUUGGAUUUUAUUCCCUAAACUUUGUUGUUUUCUUAAAAGAUGUGUCGUAAAAUUCUCUACAAAAAAUAUAUUAAACAUUUUUCUAUAUAUCGUAAAGAUGAAAGAAUAUAGAAGAAAUACUGCGAAGCUUCGAUCUCGAUUACUUUGCAACUCAAAAAACAAUUUUUUCAAUUUUAGUCCUUCAUACUUUGUGAAACAAAAAACAAGAAGAUGGCCAUUUGAUAGCC